AUGCUGUCCUGUUCCUUGUUCCUUUUCAAGCAUAUAAACGCCUCACUGGUGUCCCUGCGCCAAGGGCGCCGUGGCUUCGCGAUCCCACCGCGCUGGACCCGGGGGCGCUCCUGGGGUCACUGGAUGGCUGUCCCCUACCGCCUGCUGACGGCCUCCGCCUCCUCCCGCGAUCCUCCCAGGCUCACCACCCACUCCCGGGUGCGCCAGAACUUCCACCCUGACUCCGAAGCCGCCAUUAACCGCCAGAUCAACCUCGAGCUCUACGCGUCCUACGUGUACUUGUCUAUGGCCUAUUACUUUUCCCGGGAUGACGUGGCCUUGAACAACUUCGCCAGGUAUUUCCUUCACCUGUCCCGGGAGGAAACAGAGCAUGCGGAGAAGUUCAUGCGGCUACAGAACCAGCGGGGAGGCCGCAUCUACCUGCAGGACAUCAAGAAACCCGACCUUGACGACUGGGAAAGCGGGCUGAAAGCCAUGGAGUGUGCUCUGCUCUUGGAAAAAAACGUGAACCAGUCGUUGCUGGAAUUGCACGCUCUGGCCUCAGACAAAGAUGACCCCCACUUGUGUGACUUUCUGGAGACCUACUAUCUGAAUGAGCAAGUGAAGUCAAUCAAAGAACUAGGUGACCAUGUACACAACUUGGUUAAGAUGGGAGCCCCAGAUUCUGACCUAGCAGAGUACCUUUUUGACAAACACACCCUUGGAAAUGAAAACAAGCAGACCUAA